AUGGAUAUAUUCUUAAGGCUUGACAUGCUGCGUGAACUACUUGAAAGCACGAAGGAAGAGGCUUAUAAGAUUUAUAAAGGUCAUCUACAAAUUCUUCUUUGUGUGAUGUCUAAGAGGGAUCCUGGUUACAAAUAUCUCAAGUGGAUCUCUGAGACCCAAGUUGGUAUUGUGACACAGUGUUGCCUAUCCACUUAUGCUAACAUGGCAAAUGACCAGAAUCUUGCAAAUCUUGCUAUCAAGAUAAAUGCCAAGCUUGGAGGUAGCAAUGUAGAGCUUAAUGAUCCUCUGCCCCACUUUGAGGACAAAGGUCAUGUUAUGUUUGUAGGGGCUGAUGUCAAUCAUCCUGGUUCAGGGAACACUACAAGUCCAUCGAUAGCUGCUGUUGUUGCAACCAUGAACUGGCCUGCUGUAAAUCGCUAUGCAGCACGUGUCCGCCCACAAGACCAUCGAAAGGAGAGGAUUCUGAGUUUUGGGGACAUGUGUCUGGAACUUGUCAAAAACUAUGCUCGGCUCAACAAUGUUAGGCCAGACAAGAUUGUGGUCUUUCGUGAUGGAGUAAGUGAGAGCCAAUUUGAUAUGGCCCUCAAUGAGGAGUUGUUAGAUUUGAAGAGGGCAUUCCAAUCUGUAAAGUACAUGCCAACUAUUACACUUAUUGUUGCCCAAAAGCGACACCAGACUCGUUUCUUUCCGGAGGGUGCCCGGGAUAGGAGUUCCCUUGGCAAUAUAUCUCCGGGCACGGUUGUGGACACAAUAGUAGUUCAUCCAUUUGAGUUCGACUUCUAUCUUUGUAGUCACUAUGGAAGCCUUGGGACAAGCAAGCCCACGCACUACCAUGUCCUAUGGGAUGAGCAUGGGUUCACUUCUAACCAUUUGCAAAAGCUCAUAUAUGAUCUCUGUUUUACCUUUGCUCGGUGCACUAAACCUGUAUCGCUAGUCCCACCGGUCUAUUAUGCUGAUCUUGUUGCUUAUAGAGGACGCCUCUAUUUCGAGGCAAUGGAGGGACAUUCCCCAGCUCCAACAGCAUCCUCUUCCACUUCUUCAACGACAUCUUCUUCAUUGUCAACAUCGUCACUUGAUCAAAAAUUCAAUAUCUUCAAGUUGCAUCCCAAUCUGGAAAAUAUAAUGUAUUUUGUUUAG